AGCACCUUCCACCGCCUUCUGAGCCUUCUGCAGCCUCCCACCUCCUGCGUGUGUCAGAACUCAGGGAAGAUGAUGGAGCCCGAGGAAUACAGACAAAGAGGGAGGGAGAUGGUGGAUUACAUCUGCCAGUACCUCAGCACCGUGCGGGACAGACGUGUGACCCCAGACGUGCAGCCUGGCUACCUGCGGGCCUGGCUGCCCGACAGCGCUCCUGAGGACCCUGACAGCUGGGACAGCAUCUUUGGGGAUAUCGAGCGGAUCAUCAUGCCUGGGGUGGUCCAUUGGCAGAGCCCCCACAUGCACGCCUACUACCCAGCCCUCACCUCCUGGCCGUCCUUGUUGGGAGACAUGCUGGCUGAUGCCAUCAACUGCUUGGGGUUCACCUGGGCAUCCAGCCCUGCAUGCACGGAGCUAGAGAUGAAUGUCAUGGACUGGCUGGCGAAAAUGCUGGGCCUCCCGGAGCACUUCCUGCACCACCACCCUGGCAGCCAAGGGGGCGGCGUCCUGCAGAGCACAGUCAGCGAAUCCACCUUGAUUGCCUUGCUGGGAGCAAGGAAGAACAAAAUCUUGGAAAUGAGAAUGUCUGAGCCUGACGCCGAUGAGUCCUCCCUGAACGCCCGACUCAUCGCCUAUGCCUCCGACCAGGCCCACUCCUCAGUGGAGAAGGCUGGUUUGAUUUCCCUUGUGAAGAUGAAAUUUCUGCCUGUGGAUGACAAUUUCUCACUCCGAGGAGAAGCUCUUCAGAAAGCCAUUGAGGAAGACAAGCAGCAGGGCUUGGUGCCUGUCUUUGUCUGUGCAACACUAGGGACCACCGGGGUCUGUGCAUUUGACUGCCUGUCAGAGCUGGGCCCCAUCUGUGCCCACGAGGGGUUGUGGCUCCACAUUGAUGCUGCUUACGCGGGCACUGCCUUCCUCUGCCCUGAGUUCCGGGGCUUUCUGAAGGGCAUCGAGUACGCCGAUUCCUUCACCUUCAAUCCUUCAAAGUGGAUGAUGGUGCACUUUGACUGCACUGGGUUCUGGGUCAGGGACAAGUUCAAGCUGCAGCAGACCUUCAGCGUGGACCCUGUCUACCUCAGGCAUGCCAACUCAGGCGCUGCCACUGACUUCAUGCACUGGCAGAUCCCACUGAGCCGGCGGUUUCGCUCUCUUAAACUCUGGUUCGUGAUUCGGUCCUUCGGGGUGAAGAACCUCCAAGCGCACGUCAGACACGGCACUGAAAUGGCUAAAUAUUUUGAAUCUCUGGUCAGAAACGACCCUUUGUUUGAAAUUCCUGCCAAGAGGCACCUUGGCCUGGUAGUUUUUCGACUAAAGGGUCCUAACUGUCUCACAGAAAGUGUGUUAAAGGAAAUAGCUAAAGCUGGCCAUCUCUUCCUCAUCCCAGCCACUGUCCAGGACAAGUUGAUCAUUCGUUUUACUGUCACAUCCCAGUUUACGACCAGGGAUGACAUCCUGAGAGAUUGGAAACUCAUUCAAGACGCUGCCACUCUCAUCCUGAGUCAGCACUGCACAUCCCAACCUCGCCCUCAGGCUGGGAAGCUCAUCUCCCAAAUCAGGGGCUGCAGAGCCUUGGGCAGUGGAAUGUCCCUUCAGUCUGUCAACGAGGCAGGGGAUGACCCAACCCAGGCCAGGAAGAUCAUUAAGCAGCCUCAGCGUGUGGGAGCCAGUCCUGUGAGAAGGGAAAGCGGUGGCCAUCUUGAAACACUGCUGGACCCGCUUGACGACUGCUUUUCAGAAGAGGCCCCAGACACCACCAAACACAAGCUGUCCUCCUUCCUGUUCAGUUACCUGUCUGUGCAGAGCAAGAAGAAGACGGUGCGUUCCCUCAGCUGCACCAGCGUGCCUGUGAGCGCUCAGAAGCCACUGCCCACAGACAGCUCUGUGAAGAGUGGGGGCUCCUCCCGGGUUAGAAUCUUUUCCAGGUUUCCAGAAGAGAUGCUGCUGCUGAAGAAGAGUGCCUUCAAAAAACUAAUCAAGUUCUAUAGUGUCCCCAGCUUCCCUGAGUGCAGCUCCCAGUGCGGGCUCCAGCUGCCCUGCUGCCCUCUGCAGGCCAUGGUGUAGAGCAGCGUCCUCAGCCCAGGCCUGACGGUGCGCCCCUGGGAGCCUGUGCACCCUCAAAACUGAAGGCCGAAUGUGUGUGCUUGUGUGUGUAUUUGUCCUAGGGGCAAGUCCAUAAUUCUUCUGAGAUUCUCACUGGGAUCUCCACCCCAUAAUGGAUACAUAUGGAGAAUUUAAACCAGCACCAUCUAGAAGAUUCCAGCAGGCUGGUUAGAAAGGGCUGGGGUAGUAUAUUGACAGGCAGCUUUUGUGGUUCAGUUUGUGACAUGAAAUGUGAUAUGGAAAUAAAUUGUGCUUGUCCCUGAAACAAAAUAUAUCCUGUGUCAUUUACUUGGUCACCGAGACACGGACUCA